GAGGCUAAAUAUGCACCCAAAGCUGAACAUUUUGUUUUAACCACUGCAGACAUCUGGAUCUCUCAGAUACUGCCAGUGUAGCCCAUUUGCAGCUAGGAGGCAACUUCCUUUACACAAGGAUUCCAGUAUGGUUUGCAGUGGAAACAAAGGGCUGCAUAGAGAAGAUCCUUUAGACGAAUACUUUGAAUAUGAAGCUGAGGAAUUCCUGGUCUCCUUGGCCUUAUUGAUUACUGAAGGUCGAACACCAGAAUUUUCUGUAAAGGGUAGAACAGAGGGUUUCCAUUGCCCUCCAGCACAGUCAAGUCAGCCAUUAACAUCUAAGCAUGAGUGCACUGACAAAUUGGCCCAGUGUCGUCAAGCCAGACGAACCAGGUCUGAGGUUAUGCUGCUGUGGAAAAAUAAUAUUCCUAUCAUGAUAGAAGUGAUGCUACUUCCAGACUGUUGCUAUAGUGAUGAAGGGCCCACCACAGAAGGGAGUGAUUUAAAUGAUCCUGCAAUCAAACAAGAUGCAUUGCUCUUAGAAAGGUGGAUUUUGGAGCCAGUUCCCCGACAAAAUGGAGAUCGCUUUAUUGAAGAGAAGACCCUCUUAUUGGCUGUCCGCUCUUUUGUUUUCUUUUCUCAGUUGAGCGCUUGGCUGAGUGUUUCACAUGGUGCUGUUCCUCGUAAUAUUCUGUACAGAGUAAGUGCUGCAGAUGUGGACCUGCAAUGGACUUUUUCCCAGACACCAACUGAACAUGUGUUUCCUGUUCCUAAUGUUUCUCACAAUGUGGCCUUGAAAGUCAGUGUCCAGUCCUUGCCUAGACAAUCUAACUAUCCGGUUUUGACCUGUAGUAUUCACACCAGCCUGGGCUUCUAUGAAAAGGGAAUACAAGAACAUAAUGUACAUCAGCACUGUGAUUCCAUUGAGAGAGAGCAGUGCAGUGUGUCCAGUUCACAGCGUUCAUGUGGAAAACAAACGUGGACAUUGAUUCCUGAGGGCUUGCUUAAUGCAAAAAUAUCCUCUGAAUUUUCUACAUCGGUGAGAAACAUAAAACUUUAUCCAGCAACUGGUCUUGGGUCUGCCUUUGGGACAUCACAGUCUAAAGUUCAGUGCUAUAAUGCUAUGGGGGACGACAAGACACAGCCACAUGAAACAUCAGUCAGAACUUUUAAAUCCUUUUCUUUGGUUGAUCCCCAAGUUCCAAAUAGUCACUGUUCCCAUCAGCGCAUAGGAGAGACUACUCCUUUGAUAGGUUCUUUACUUCAGGAGCGACAGGAAGUUAUAGCAAGAAUUGCUCAGCACUUGAUUCACUGUGAUCCAUCUACUUCACUUGUUACUGGAUGUCCAUUCAGCAUGCAUGAAACCAGUUCAGUUACUUCAAAAGUUUUUUGGAAUACUUAUGAAGAUGAAAACUUGCUGAAAAAAGGCAAGGAAACAUCCUCUGUUUCUACUGCUAACACAGAUAUUAUGUUAUCAGAAGACUGCAGUGAAGACAAGACAAGAGCAAUACCAGAGAACCCAUUGGUUGAUUCCCAUGUUCCUAUGAACCACUGUUCUCGUCAGUCCCUAGGAGAGACUAAUCCCUUAAUAGGUUCUUUACUUCUGGAACGACAGGAAGCUAUAGCAAGGAUUGCCCAACACUUGAUUCACUGUGAUCCAGCUACUUCACACAUUACCGGGCAUCCAGUCAAUGUACAUGAAAGCAGUUCUAUCACUUCAAAAGUUUUUCUAAGUUCAUAUGAAGAUGAAAACUUGUUGAAGAAAGGCAAGGAAACAUCCUCUAUUUCUUUCUCUAAGUCUGACGUUACCAUAGAAGACAGCAGUAAAGUAAAGACCAGAACACCUGAUACCCCUCUGACAUCUUAUAGACUUGAUGGUGAAUUGAAGGCUUCUCCAAAGCCCGAAGCAAGAAGAAAAUUUAUUCUAGCAAAAUCCAGUGAAGUUGUCCAAAACACAUUUCAGCAGACUCCAAAUAAAACUACCAGUUCGUUUAUUAGCAUAAGUAUAUCAUGUAGCAAAGAAAAUAAAUCUGAACUGCCAGGUAAACGGGAAGCAGUACUUUCUGGUUGUCCACAUAAAGACCAAAUGACCAAAAAAGACAUUGGUAAACAGUGUUCAUAUUUCAACACCACUGAUGAACAGAUUUGCAAAAAUAAACUUAAAGAAAGAACAAUCACGAGUGAGAAUAGUAAUGGAGACUGUUUAAUCAAUCCACAGUUAGAUAAAUCCAAAAUAUUUGAAGGUACAAAAAAAGCGACACUAAUGCAGGCAUCUAAUAUUUUGCACAAAAGUGAGCUUAAGUGUUUAGAUAAAGAUUCAAAAAAAACAAAUAUAUGUGAGCAAAAUACCCAACUUGUUAGUAUUGAAAAUUAUUUAAAUAAAGACUAUGACAGUUUCAAAUGCAAAAAUAAGCAAGAUAAACUGAAAACUGCACAUGAUGAGAAUGAAGACCCAACUGACUAUGAAUUUCAAAGCAAUUCCCAGAAGAAAUCUGUAGAAGACUAUUUGGCUAGGUGUGAACGACUGAAGAAUGCAGAUGUGCUGAGAAUGCCACCACUCAAGCAUUCAAGUAUAUGGCGGAAAAACAAUUUUCACUCUGUGGAUGGGACUGUAACCAAGGCUUUCCAUCCUCGAACUGGAUUGCCUCUACUUUCAAGCCCUGUUCCUCAGAGAAAAACACAAUCUGGGUGCUUUGAUCUGGACUCAUCUUUGCUGCGAUUGAAAUGUUUGUCUAUAAGAAGUCCACAACAAGGUAUAAACACAGACAGUGACCCAGAAGGCCAUGGGAAACCAUUUCUGAGUUCCAGUGCUCCACCCAUAACAAGUCUUAGCCUUCUAGGAAACUUUGAGGAGUCUGUCUUGAACUAUCGCUUAGAUCCUCUAGGCAUUGUUGAUGGCUUCACUGCUGAGGUGGGAGCAAGUGGAGUCUUCUGCCCCACACACAUGACUCUUCCAGUCGAAGUGUCAUUCUACAGUGUUUCAGAUGAUAAUGCACCCUCUCCCUAUAUGGAUUAUUUCAUGUAGUGGUUUUCAAGUCAUGCAGUGGAUUCUGAUGUCCUAUGGAUGUCUAGAGCACCCUUGCUUGUUUUAUUAGCUGGACUUCAUUGUUCUGAAUCUUCUCCACAUGCUGUAAAUAAUCAUGUAAUGUUAUGGUUGUGCAUCACAGAACUAGUACAACAUUUAUCUAAUGCAGUGGUUCCCAAACUGGGGUUUGCGAAAUGUUACAGGGGUUCUCAGGGAAAAAAUUCCCUAAUGGCAGAUAGAGCUGUCCCUAGGGACCCCAAACAGCAGGGGGCCAGCAGCCCGGAGCCCCGGACUUCCAAGAGCUAUGGAGAUCAGAGCAAGCAUAUCUAUCUCACUGAGGAGAUUUAAACUUCAAGACUCCUUAUAAGAAAUGGAAAAGGAGGUGAUAUUUUUUGCUUUUUUUAAAAUUAAAUAGGCAGCUAGUGGUGUGUUUAAAAUUAUUAUGAAGAACAUGUUUAAGCUUUGUUGUAACAUGCGUUGUUUGCUUGGACUGCUCAACCCCUGAAUGAUUGUGUAGGAGGAGCUCUUUGAGUUGGCUUCUUAAAUACCUUCAUGCUGUUUCACAUCUGAUACUCCUUGAUGAAAUAUAGGAGCCUUGUCUUAGAACAGGCUCAAAGUGAUACAAGCUAUGAAAGUGAUAUCUUGGGAAGAAUGCUGCUGUUUUCAUAAUGUAAUAAAAAUACUGUAAUGAUCAAUAAUUAAUAAUGGUGUGUAAUAAGCAUGUUAUAAUAACAAAUUUUAUAUUUCCCAGAUCACUGCUUUUAUAUUUCAUAUUCAGGUAAAGGAGAAAAUCCCUGGAAACAUUCAUUUUUAGGAGGGGGUUCAUGAGACCUGACCUUUUAGUGAAAGGGGUUCACAGGUUGUUAAAGUUUGGGAACCACUGAUCUAAUGCCUCCACUAUCUGUUUUUAUGGCCAGUUUUUCUGUGCUGCUCUGCUAUUUUGCAUGCCCACUUUUGUGCACACAAAACAUUGUGUACUGCAACAUUAUCAAAUUUGCACUUUAAUGCAAAACCUUAACGGUGAUCUCAACAGAACAACUUCCCAAAUGCAUGGAGUGAGAGCUGGUCAGAUGUACUGUUCUGUUGGUAUAAUUGAUAAGAUUUUGCAUUGGAAUGCAGGCUUGAUGAAAUUGGGGAAUAUUUUUGAUCUCUGUUAAAGAGGGAAGUGAAAGUCAUAUGGAGUGUUGGAGUUUGUUAUUGAUAGUGUUGUAGACAAUAAGAAGCUGGAAAGAAAUGCACGAUUCUUUUCCCUUAACUUAUUUCCACUCUUUCAAAGUUUUGGGCCAAUAGUUUGUAUCCUACCAUAACUUACUUUUGCUAGUAGAAGAUGGCCAAUCCAUGGCUCAUUUUAGUAAAUACAGUAUCUCUGACAAACAGAGAUGGGAUGCUUGAUGGGGAGGGCUCUGAGUUACUACAGGGAAUUCUUUCCCAGGUGUCUGACUGGUGGGUCUUACUGAUUGCCAUAUUUGGGGUCAGGAAGGAAUUUCCCCCCAAGUUGGAUUGGCAGAUACCGUGGGGGGGGGGGGGCGGGGAAGGGGAUUGCUUCCCCUGCAGUAUGAGGAACAGGUCACUUGCUGGCUUGAACUACAGUAAAUGUUGGGUUCUCUGUAACUAGAAGUCUUUUUUGAAUGAAGAUUUGAGGAUUUCAGUAACUCAGUCAGAGGUUAUGGGUGAGGUUCUGUAGCCUGCAAUAUACAAGAAGUCAGACUAGAUGAUCAUGAUCUCUUCUGGCAUUGAAGUCUGUCAGUAGCUGUGUUGUUAUGAGAUAUAUUUUGGAUGCGCUGGAAGGCACAGUUAGAAUCCUGUGUAAAAUUUAGUUCAAUUUAAAAGACUACAAGACUAACUUCACAAUUUAACCAGCAUGGAACAAAGAUCCACAUCUCUCUGUUCAUCUGUGAGUAUGAUUUGAAAAAUCAGUUUGGCUUAAACUGAAAAUUUGGGCCUGUCCUACUGAUUAUAAUCUUCUAGUUUACAACCGUAAGAUCCAUGGUGCUGAUUGUAAUAGCAUCUUGUGGAUGGAGUGGCCUCCCCACUCAUUAGUUCAGUUUAAAAAAUAGCUGUAAAUAUAUUUAAAGUCUCUAGUUACAUGGAUAAAGCAUUCUCAUAUGCUAACAUUUUACAGGUAUUUAUAUCCUAAACUUGUCAUCUAUUUUUUUCCUUAAGGGUGUGAUUACUUUAGAAUCCCUUGGUAAAAGGGGUUAUCGGGUACCUCCUUCAGGAACCAUACAAGUG